AUGGCACCAACUACUAAGAAAGUUAAUAAACGUCAAUCAGCAUCCAAGGAUUCUGGAAAGAUCGUUAAGAGAGCUAAGAACAUUAGUGUUUAUUCUAGUGACGAAGAAUCUGAUGCUGCUCUUCACGGUUUAUCUUCGGAAGACGAAUUAGAUGAUGCCAGUGAGGACGAACUUGACAACGCAUCAGAAGAAUCCGAAGAUUCCGAUGAAUCUGACGCUCUUGAUGAAGAUAGCGAAGCAAACAGUGACGAAGAAGACAAUGAAGAAACUGGUGCUGAUGAGAAAAAAGAAGGAAACGGCGUUAGCCAACACGCAGAACAAAGAAAGACUCUAAAGGAGAGAAAACUUCAACGUAAAUCCGGUGAACGUGUUCAGCAAAUCAAAAGUCUAUGGGAAAAAUUACGUGUUAAGAGUCCUCCAAUCCCAAAGCCUGUGCGUGAAAAGUUGUGCAAUGAAAUCUGGGAACUUUCCAGUGACUGUAUCGAAGAUCUAGUCUUGAAGCACGAUGCUUCCAGAAUUGUUCAAACUCUAGUCAAAUACUCAUCCAAGGAACGUAGAGAACAAAUAACAUUGGCCUUGAAGGACAAGAUUUAUGUGCUUGCAACUUCGUCCUAUGGUAAAUAUUUGUUGGUUAAAUUGUUGCAUUACGGUUCUAGAAGCUCUCGUCAACUCAUCAUCGACCAGUUACACGGAAGUCUAAGAAAACUAAUGAGACAUCGUGAAGGUGCUUAUGUUGUGGAAGAUUUGUUUGUUUUAUAUGCUUCUCAAGAGCAAAGAAACCAAAUGAUCCGUGAGUUCUGGGGUUCUGAAUAUGCUGCCUUUAGAGAAACCCACAAAGGUCUAACCAUUGAACAAGUUUGUGAAACAAGUGUGGAAAAGAGAAACAUCAUCGCUAGAAACUUGAUUGGUACAAUCACUGCUUCCGUUGAAAAGGGUUCUGCAGGUUUCCAAAUUUUGCACGCUGCUAUGAGAGAAUAUGUCAAGAUUGCCAACGAGAAGGAAAUCUCGGAAUUUAUUGAGCUUUUGGAAGAACAUUUCGCCGAACUAGUACAUACCCCAGAAGGUGCCGAAGUCGCUGCAACAUUGAUCGCAAAGGCUAACGCCAAAGAAAGAAAGGCUAUAAUCAAGAAUUUGAAGGAACACACUCUAAAAUUGAUUCAAAAUGAACAUGGUGCCGUUGUUUUCAUUACUUUGUUGAUGACAGUUGAUGAUACCGUCUUAGUCUCCAAGGCCUUUGCACCAUCAAUCAAAGAAGAAUUAGCUACCUUGAUAGUGGAUAAGUUUGGCAGAAGACCAUUCCUUUUCUUGCUGUUAGGUCUUGAUGGUAAAUACUUUGGUCCUAACUUGAAGAAAGAACUAGAAAAGUACAUCAAAAUGUCUGAAAAUACUUCUAAGAAGCCUUUUGACCAAAGAAGACUGGAAUUGCUUAAGAGAUUUGCUCCAAUGAUCCUAUCAACAACCAAUGAACAUUACAAAGAAAUUUUAAACGAAAACAUAGGGUCUCAGUUCGUAGCAGAUCUACUAGUUAAUGACGAAGUGUACGAACAAUUGUCAGAAGCCGAUCAAAAACUCUUUGCUGAACUCGUCGAUACUGUUGCUAUAUAUUUCAAGGGUGAUAUAUCCGAUUAUGAUCAUCCUAUUAACAAACCAUUUUCAGCAAGAUUGUUGAAAUCGUUGAUUCAAAACGGUAGGUAUAAUGUUAAGGCCAAAAAGCUCGAACCACUCCAAAAAGUGCAAGGAUUAGGCGUUCCUUUUGCUCAAAGAUUCUAUGAGGAUAUCAUUGAUUCAAGCAACCUUCUUGACUGGAUCAAUAAGCCAAGCAGCUCAUUUACUAUCGUGGCAUUGUACGAAGCUUUGCAUGGUACUAAAGAAGGAAAACAAUUCGACAAGGAUUUGAAAAAGGUAAUUAAAGAAAUAUCGGCCGACGAAUCAAACAAGGGUGCACACCUACUAUUAAAGUUGAUUAAACAAUGA